GGCACGAGGGGGAAAAAUGAUGGCAAGGACUGCUGUUCAGGGUGCGCCGUGAUCAAUUACGUCAAAAGAAGUUACCAAGGUGCGUGGUGACGUCGCAGCCAUGGCGGAGAGUCAGCGUUAUGACGUCGGUCCAGAGAGUGAUCUAAGCUCGAAACCUUCCACUACCCAUGCACAGCGUGCUUACAGAGCCAUGGACCAUAGAAAUGGGGACGAAACGAGUUGCAGCAGCAGUACUCACAGCAACAACAACAGCUGUAGCAGCAGCAACACCGCCAGUAACAACAGCAUUAUAAGCGACGCAGGGGGAAUCACCAAACAGACCCCCUUCAACCAGAACUCUUCCUCGGGACAGCAUCCCGAUCAACAAGAACAGGACCAACAACAGCAGCAACAAAAACGCCAAAGUCUCAAUGGUGGCAUCAGUAACGGAGGCAGCGGUGGACUGUCGUCACCAGCCAACCAGAAAGCAACUGUGAACGGCAGCAAUAAGGGGACAACGACACGCACCAACGGAUCUCAAGUGUACUACGAUUUAUCGCAACCUUUACCAAAGCUUCCAGUUCCUGAGCUGCAGAGUACGAUGGAGAAGUACCUGAGUCUGGUGAAAACUGUGAUGUCACCACACGAGUUUUCCCGCACAAAGUACAUCGUGGACGAGUUCUGCAAGACCCAGGCCCAAGGUCAUGAACUCCAAGAGCACUUGCUCAAGCGACAACAAGGAAUGGACAACUGGGCAAAUGAUCUCUGGAUUCACGACAUGUACCUGAACAUCCAGGUGCCUCUGACCAUCAACUCCAACGCUGCGGCCAUGUUUCCAUAUCAAGCCUUUCCAUCUCAGAGGGAACAGCUAAGAUUCACAGCAAAGUUCGUCCGGGGUCUAUUGGACUUCAAAAGACUCACAGACACGCGCACACUUCCCAUUGAGAGAUGCAGAUACAAAGAAAAGGGUCAGCCGAUGUGCAUGGAGCAGCAUUACAGACUGUUUACAUCAUACAGGGAGCCAGGGAGGGAGAGAGACGUCAUGAGGUCGGACACGGGAACGCCUGGCAGAGAUUUUAUCAUUGUAGCGUGUCGGAACCAGGUCCAGUUCAUCGUUGCUGAGGACGGCACGUGUGGCGUGAACAUGGAGCACUCGGUGGUGGAAGGCAUUGCUCUUUGUAGUGCUGUUGAGCACGCAUUCAGCGUCAUGGGUAAAGACAACUUCUCUGACAAGAUCUGUGAUCCAGCAAGUCUUGCGCUGCCAAAGUGUCUACAAUGGAACUUGACAACACAGUCUUUGAGAGAUAUUGAAGUCGCUAAAGAGAAUGUUGCGAGGCUGGUUGAUGACUUUGACCUGGCUGUCUUCCGUUUCCCCCGCUAUGGACGAGAGUUCAUCAAAGCCCAGGGCAUGAGUCCAGAUGCCUACAUCCAACUAGCGCUACAGCUCACCUAUUACAAAAUCCAUGGAUGUUUGACGUCGACGUACGAGAGCGCCUCGGUGCGCCGUUACCGACACGGCAGGGUAGACAACAUCCGGGCUAACUCUCCCGCCGCCCUUGCCUGGAUCAAGGCAAUGUUGGGCCAAACGGAGGCAACGGAUGAGGAUAAACGUAGACUUCUGACUGAAGCUGUCCAGUGGCAACAAGACAACAUGCUUGAAACAAUCUUGGGUCAUGGCACGGACUUGCACAUCCUAGGCCUCCGCGAGGCUGCAGCUGAGCUCGGCUUGCCUACGCCAGACCUGUUCCAAGACGCUUCAUAUAAAGCGUUCAACUGUUUCAAACUUUCCACAAGUCAGGUCCCGAUGACUUCUGACUUCUGGAUGGGCUACGGGGCUGUUGUUCCCGACGGUUACGGCUGCUGCUACAACCCCCAGGCCCCAGACAGCAUUGUGUUCAGCGUGGCGUCCUUUCUCUCCUGCUAUGACACGUCAUCAGAAAUGUUCACCCAGUCCCUUGAGUCAAGUCUCUUACAGAUGGCCGAGAUAUGUACUGUUGAAUCCGAUGUCAAGGUGCAGAAUCCAAAUUCUAAGGAGAGAUGAACAAUUCUGAGAAUCAUAUUAUUAUGACUUACUUAAUUCUAAUACUUGAUUCUCCUUCGGAUGGC